GGCCCGGCCGGGGUGGGUGCCCGGCGGCAGGACGAGCCCCGCGCGGGGCGCGGGCACCAUGGUGCUGUCGGUGCCGGUGAUCGCGCUGGGCGCCACGCUGGGCACGGCCACCAGCAUCCUGGCGCUGUGCGGGGUCACCUGCCUGUGUCGGCACAUGCACCCCAAGAAAGGGCUGCUGCAGCGGGACCGGGACCCCGACCCGGAGAAGGCGAGACCCGGCGUCCUCCAGCCCGCCCAACAGUUCAACGUUAAAAAAUCCACGGAGCCCGUGCAGCCCCGAGCCCUCCUCAAGUUCCCAGACAUCUACGGGCCGAGGCCAGCUGUGACGGCCCCGGAAGUCGUCAACUAUGCGGACUACACGCUGAGGAGCACAGAGGAGCCAGCUGCAUCUGCCAGCCCCUGGGCCCCGAAGGACAGCCGCCUCAAGAGGCAGGUCACAGAGGAGCUGUUCAUCCUUCCUCAGAAUGGUGUGGUGGAGGAUGUCUGUGUCAUGGAGACCUGGAACCCAGAGAAGGUCGCCAGCUGGAACCAAGCCCCCAAACUCCACUACUGCCUGGAGUAUGACCAGCAGAAAGCAGAACUGUUUGUCACUCGCUUGGAAGCUGUGACCAGUGACCACGACGGAGGCUGUGACUGCUAUGUCCAAGGCAGCGUGGCCACCAGGACGGGCUGCGUGGAGGCCCAGACGGCCCUGAAGAAGCGGGAGCUGCACACCACCUGGGAGGAAGGCCUGGCGCUCCCCCUGGCCGAGGAGGAGCUCCCCACGGCCACCCUGACGCUGACCCUGAGGACCUGUGACCGCUUCUCCCGCCACAGUGUGGCUGGGGAGCUUCGCCUGGGCCUGGAUGGUGUGUCUGUGCCUCUGGGGACCGCCCAGUGGGGGGAGCUGAAGACUUCAAGUAAGGAGCCCUCGGCCGGCACUGGAGAGGUCCUUCUCUCCAUCAGCUACCUCCCGGCAGCCAACCGCCUCCUGGUCGUGCUGAUCAAGGCCAAGAACCUCCACUCUAGCCAGUCCAAGGAGCUCCUGGGGAAGGAUGUCUCUGUCAAGGUGACCUUAAAGCACCAAGCUCGAAAGCUGAAGAAGAAGCAGACGAAACGAGCCAAGCACAAGAUCAAUCCCGUGUGGAAUGAGAUGAUCAUGUUCGAGCUGCCCGAUGACCUGCUGCAGGCCUCCAGUGUGGAGCUGGAGGUGCUGGGCCAGGAGGAGGAGGGGCCGAGCUGCGUGCUGGGCUGCUGCAGCCUGGGCUUGCAUGCCUCAGGCUCCGAGCGCAGCCACUGGGAAGAGAUGCUGAAAAACCCACGCCGACAGAUCGCCAUGUGGCACCAGCUGCACCUGUAGCCGGCUUCCUGGGUCACCUCUCUUCUUGGGCACAGCCCUGCCCCUUCAGUCUCAGCUGUCCUCUGCGACCUUCUCUUUGUGCCACAUCCUCAUUCUGACACCCAGGAGACAGAUGCUUCUGCAAAGGCCAGGACACUAAUCCUCUCUCUUCACACUCCCGUUUCUAAAACAUGAGCAAGACACGGCAGGGCAGGGCAGGGCAGUGUGUGGACGUUUGGGUCACACUGAGCAAUGCAUUUUUGCUCAUCUGUGUCACUGAAGAGACACUUAUCAAAUACAGCCCUUGUUCAGGUUUGCAGCCGGGGGUGGGGAGAGGUCAGUCCAGAUGCAGAGAAAGCUGAAUUUGAGGAGUAAUGGGUGCAAAGAAUGUGGCUUUUUAAAAGUGAGCAUUUCAAAAAAUGAUAAAGAAAAUAAAAGUAUUCUGGAUCAACGCAUAGAAUUAGAACAUGUCAGGGCGGGUGAAAUCCUGGGCAGAAGGAAGUCGGGCUCCGGCGCCCAGGAAGCAGCAGCCCAGCAGUCCGCGGGCCCUAGAGUGCGGAGACCUCACCAGCAGAUGCCGGGGCCCACCUGCAGACGUUCCAAACCAGACCCCGGGAGCCUGGCUUUGGACGAACAAGCACAUCCAGUUUGGGUGCAGAGGUUGGAGCGCUGCACUUGGAGAAAUUCCCUCUACAACAUUCCAGACAGGUUCCCAGGGUCCUUGUUGGGGUCCAACAUCCUGGGGCAGCCAGUUCCAAGUCUGGACAUCUCAGCCGUCAGUGUGAAAUUUGGAAGCCUCUGUGUUUUUUUAAUUUGAUUAUCUUAAUUCUUAAUAUUUUCAUCUGUGCUUUUCAGAUCCUGCUCUUGGAUUGAAUUUGUACUUUUUAUUGAAAACUUUCUUGUUUUAUCUCAAAAUCAGUUUAUAUUAUAUUUGGAGGGGACUUUCUUGACAACAUUCAGGUGGGACCCCCCCAUUAGUCAUUGGGCGCUAGCUGUCACAUCCACCAGCAUCACCAAAGUGACCCUCUGAGAGGGACGCAUCCCUUCCAGCAGGAAGAAUUCAGUUGGGGAGGGGCACAUAUUAAUUUAGUCCAUUACAUCUGGCUCUGUGGAGGUGGAGAAAGAAGAUAACUUUAAGUAGGAAACAAAGACUUCUACAAAUGUGCCUCCCGCUUCCAUUUUCAGGGCCUAUCACUAUAAAAUCAGGAAACAGCCAGCAGCUAGGUCUCACAUUCCUACCUUAUUAUUCCAAAUAGCUGUCCACAGGGGUAACCAAAUUAUGAGCCUUGUGGAGUGGGUAGAACAUCUGCCCCUGAGCCGGACUCCUGGGCUCUCUUGUUGGCCACCCGAUGAGCACGACUGACAACAUGGCAGCUUGGUGUGAACUGCGUGGUAACUGAAAGAGGACUCAGAGCCCUGGGUGGUCUCUGGCUAAAACCAAACUCUGAGGCCACCAGACUGUCUUUAAGCUUUAAGCUGGCAGCUCACAAUGCUGGGCAAGUGCAGAACCAUCCCACCUAUUUCCCGGGCCAUGAAUUCUGCAUUUCGACUCCCUGAUACUGAUGUCCAAACUCUGGACCUUCUGAUGUCACCCAAGUCCUGAUCUAAAAGAGAAUUCCUAGACAGGGUGGGUAAGGGCGAUCCUUCAGCCUUCAGCAAGGCAAGUCAUUUUGGGCUUCUCCCUGAGAAUCUGAGCAGGGGCCUUAUCACCCUUAGUUAUAAUUUUGCCUUUCUCUGCAGAAGUAGAAAAGCCUUAGAAACAACUUCUACCCCACACCCCCAUUAAAGAAACAAAAAAAGUAUCUAAUCCCUCUUUAAUGGGAAAAUGUUACAGAUCAUUGGAAAUCUUGAUUGCUAAGGUUGACCACCACCUGCCAGGGGUUUUUUUUUUUAGGCAAAAAAAUAUUUGUUAGUGAUUUCUUUUAUCACAUUUUUGAGACACCCUCCCCAUCACUCUGCUCUCCCUUGUUUGGUUGGCAUGACUAAAAGAAAACAAAAUAUUCCUUAUGUAAGCUAUACUCUCUUCUUGGUAAUAUCAGCUACUCGAAUCUAGAAAAAUCUGUAUUCUAGGCUUAAAAUCAGGAAACAUGGUUCCACUUUCUCACGAAUCUAAGCACUUGGCUUAUACUUACACCAAAAGAUGUUUGAGGUGGGCUGGGUAGGGUCUCUGGUCCCAGAAAUACCAACUCCGCCCACGGUCAUUCCUCCAGGAAGCAUUCAGUUCUUUGGGUCUCUGAGGUUUCGUUUUCCAAAAUCAAUAAAUUAAAGGUUGCCCCUAAGAAGAGUCCAAUGCCACCACAGAACAUCAUACGUGUCAGCUGUCACCUCUCUUAGCAGGCAUACAGAUAGACAAGGUAGAUUUUACAGGGGUGUUUGUUGUGUUCAUUGAGCACCUGGAAUAAAGCUGGCGCAUGGGUGCUGGGCUAAAUAUUUGUUGAAUGAAUUAAUGAAUAAAGUAUGGACAGGGGAGUAGACAGAAAAGGACACUGCAAGUGGUGUAAAAAUCAGAGUCCUAGCUGACUUCUCAAGGGUGAAGCCAUCGGAAAUCUCAGUUGUCCUAGAAAUUCAUGGCUGUGAGUAUCACCGUGCACCUAACGACCAUUUGUAGCUCGUGGAAAUGUCAUUAACGAUAGAAGAGAAUAUUGUCACUGUGCUUUUUCACCCAAACUUUGUCUUGGUGAAUUUUAUCUUACCCAGAGGUAUCAGACUGACAAAUCAAAAAACUUCAGUAAUCUUUGCAUCAGUUUACCUUGUCCAAGAAACAGUGGCAAUUUGCAGAGUGUUUGGCCCUGUGUGAGCCCCUCUGAUCUUUUUGGAAGGAACACCUUGUAACUUUGCCAGCGGGUAUUUUCCAAGAUGGGCAUGAAGCAGAGGUGAAAAUGGUGAGAAGCUUUCUCGGACUGGGCUGCUGCCCACAAGGCGUUCUGGUUCUUUCAUAGGGACGGUGAUGGGCACAAAGAAUUGGGAGUGCACUUGCAUUAAUCUGUGAGUCUACUUCUUACAUCAAACCAGUAUCUAUUUGUCGAGUACCUAUUGAUCAAGACCUUGCACGUGUCUGUCCAUUUCAAUUGGAGGUAUGAUUCUUGGUGUGGGUUGAGGGACAAAUCGCCCCAAAUGACGCCAUCUAGGGAGCAAGGUGGAAGAACAGUUCUUCAAGGGCAAUUCCUUUGGGAUUUCGGAGUCCUGGGUGGCAGGGGGCUGGAGCCUAAGCCAAACUGAGGUGAGGCCCACCCAGAGCGCGAUGCAGCCCCUGUGACUUGUUUCUGCCACCCGUGUUUCCUGUUGUCGAUGCUACGUGUGUGUGUGUGUUUGCAGUUAUGAACCGAAGCACAAAAAGAAGCAUGAGACAUGGUAGUCAUAUGUCUGGUGUCACAGUUUGGAGCAAAAAGCUUUCAGUGGUAAAUAAAUAACUUCCAACUGG